GGGGAAAAGUGGAUAAGGGAGAAAGGAAACAGAAAUGGGCGUUGCGACACUAUCAUCAUCUUCUUCAUGUUGGAUGGUGGCGCCAUGGAUUUCAAAGACAAAACCACACACCACUCUCAAAUUCAACUGCUCGCAAGCCUCGCCGCCACUUCCACACUCUUCUUCUUCUUCUGCGCAGAAAGACGACCUCCAACCUCUCUUACAGAUUCUUCCCUCUGAUUUGCAUCACAAUCUCCUCAAUCAAGCAAAUCGCCCUCAACUUCUAGAGGUUAUUUUGGAUUUGGGUCGUUACCCAGAAGCUCGUUACCUAGGAAAACUUGGUAGCCAGUAUCUAAGGAACACUGAGGUAACGGUGAAAGAGUUGGAACAUGCUCAACAAGCUGUUGGUGAGUUUGGGAGGGACAAUAGAGCUGGCAUUGAGGGUACGUUGCAUCGGAUAUCCGCGAUAAGGAGUAGGAAUGGUGCCAUUGUUGGGUUGACGUGUCGGGUUGGGAGGGCGGUCAGCGGCCACAUUGACAUGGUUUAUGAUCUGCUUCAAUAUGGGAAGAACAUUUUAUUUGUUGGAAGGCCUGGGGUUGGCAAGACUACCGUUAUGCGAGAGAUUGCUCGUGUACUGUCUGAUGAAUUUAACAAGAGAGUGGUGAUUGUUGAUACCAGCAAUGAAAUUGGAGGCGAUGGCAAUAUUCCUCAUGCAGCAAUUGGGGGUGCACGAAGAAUGCAGGUACCUGAGCCAUCAAUGCAGCAUAGCGUGAUGAUUGAGGCAGUAGAAAAUCACAUGCCUGAGGUGAUUAUAGUCGAUGAGAUUGGCACAGUAGCUGAAGCUCAUGCUUGCAGGUCAAUUGCUGAGCGAGGCAUUAUGCUUAUUGGGACUGCUCAUGGAGAGCAGCUUGAGAAUAUCAUGAAGAAUCCUACACUCUCUGAUCUGAUUGGCGGAAUAGCAAGCGUUACUCUGGGAGACGCAGAAGCCAGAGCAAGAAAGUGUCAGAAGACAAUUCUUGAGAGGAAAGCACCUCCAACAUUUGAUUUCGUGAUGGAGAUGAGAGACAGACACUACUGGAUUACACAUCAGACUGACAAAAGCGUUGAUCUGUUGCUUCAAGGCAAAAUUCCACAAGUUGAGGUAAGAAAAAGAGAUGAAAAAUGCAAGGUUGUGAUAGAAAAAUCUAAAGCGUAUGAUAAAUGCCAAAUUUGAUAAUAUAAUUCAUUUUGAAGCAGUGUAGGAUUGUUAAAUUGUUUAUGAAAAAGUUUAAGAUUUUAAAGCUAUAAACAUGUUAAACAUUUUGUAAAUUGUGUUUUGUUGACAUAACUAUGUAUAGAUUUAUAUCUUCCACUUUGAAGUUA